CAUUGUACUUUUUUCUUCUUUUUUUAUUUUGUUUAUUUCAGAGUUCCAUGACGGUGGAUCACAUUAUUCAUCAACAACAAGAAGAAACAGCCCGAGGGUUUCAUUGCCCAAAAAAAUCAUAGCACAAAACUUCGUGAUCUGCAUCACAUUCCCUCUUUCGAUUUGUGCUCUAGAUUGAAACUCCCCCUCUUUUCCACGUUCAAUCUUAACAAGUUUCGUUUCCCUUUUUCCCACAUUCCCGAGAAAAAAAAAAAAUCAGAAAUUGCCGAGUCUCUAUUUCUAAUGUUGAAUUGUUAAUUAUUCCUUUUGUAACAUUUUUUUUGCAUUUUUUCCCCUUCCUGGCCUUCACAAUCUUUUAAGAUUCAAUUUCUCACAAAUGCAUGCAGAAAAAUCGCAAAUUUCCCUCGACCCAUUUAAAUUCUCCGCCUCAAUUUCAUGCAUCUCCUCUCACAUUGCUUGCAAUUUCCCCCCAUUUUCCAUGACCAAGAUCUAGGGUUUCUCCCUCUGUUCCUCCCUCAUUCUUCCCUUUAAGAAAACCCAUUAAUUUUGUGCCACAUUGUUUUUCCUUCCUUAAUGGGUUUCCUAUAAAGCUUCGAAAUUUACCGUUUCAACCUUCUGGGUCGCCAUGCUCAAGCAAUUCCUCAGCAAACUCCCUCGCAAGGCACCGAAACCCGACUCGGACGAGUCAUGCCGAGCCGACUCGUCGAGCUCGGACGAUUCCCCACACGCCGCCGGCAGAAACACCCGCCCUCCCGGCGGCGGAGGAGCUUCCGGCGCCGCGAAGAAAGCAUCCUCGUCGGCGGUUUUUCCGGCGAGCACGGUGUCGUUGAUUGAACCUUUGGUGCCGUUUAAGGAUGUUCCGAGUUCCGAAAAGAUGAACCUUUUCGUGAGCAAGCUUAGCCUGUGUUGUGUCACGUUCGAUUUCACGGACCCUGGUAAGAACACGGUGGAGAAAGAGGUGAAGAGAAGAACCCUUGUUGAACUCGUUGAUUUCGUUUCCUCUUGUGGGUCCUCGAGGUUCGGUGAACCUGCUAUUCUUGCUGUUUGCAGAAUGUGUGCUAUUAAUCUCUUCCGUGUUUUCCCGCCAAAUUAUAGGUCCAAUCGUGGUGGUGAGAAUGAUGAUGAUGAGCCAGCAUUUGAUCCCGCUUGGCCUCAUUUGCAGCUUGUGUAUGAAUUGCUGCUUAAGUUUAUAACCUCAAAUUGUCUCGAUGCUAAGGUGGCUAAGAAGUACAUUGACCAUUCGUUUAUUUUAAGUUUGUUGGAGUUGUUUGAUUCGGAGGAUCCUAGGGAGAGGGACUGCUUGAAGACGAUUCUGCAUAGGGUUUAUGGCAAGUUCAUGGUGCAUAGGCCCUACAUAAGGAAAUCUAUUAACAACUUGUUUUAUAAGUUUGUGUUUGAGACUGAGAGGCACAAUGGGAUUGCGGAGUUGUUGGAGAUCUUUGGGAGCAUAAUUAGUGGGUUUGCUUUGCCUCUGAAGGAGGAGCACAAGAUCUUCUUGUGGAGGGUUUUGAUCCCCUUGCACAAGCCCAAGUCUAUCGGGGUGUACUUCCAGCAGUUGUCUUAUUGCGUUACGCAGUUUAUCGAGAAAGAGCCCAAGUUGGCAAGCAUUGUGAUAAGGGGGAUGUUGAAGUAUUGGCCUGUAACCAACAGUCAGAAAGAGGUGAUGUUCCUGGGUGAACUGGAGGAAAUUUUGGAAACAAUUAACAUGGUAGAGUUCCAGAGGGUCAUGGUCCCGUUGUUUUGGCGGAUUGGAUGCUGCAUUAACAGUUUGCACUUCCAGGUAGCUGAAAGAACCCUUUUCUUAUGGAACAACGACCAUAUUGUCAACUUGAUCGCUCACAACCGACAAGUGAUCCUGCCAAUCAUAUUUCCAGCCUUAGAGAAGAAUUCUCAGGGCCACUGGAGCCAGGCAGUGCUCAACCUAACUCAUAACGUGAGAAAAAUGUUUGUGGAGAUGGAUGAGAAGCUGUUCCUGGCUUCUCAUUCUCAGUUCAAGGAAGAAGAAGCAAUGCUAAACACAGCAGCGGAGAAGCGGAAGGAAGCAUGGAAACAACUAGAGCAUGCAGCCAGUCUCCAGCCUGUGACUGGAAAUACCCCAGUUUUAGUGUCUCCAAUUUGAUAACCUGUAACCAAUGAUUGUAUGCAUGUAUGUAUGUAUGUUGGACACUCAAUCCUUGUCUCUUUUCCUCCUGAUAUGGUGGAAAACCACUAGAAAAAAGUGGUAAAUGGCUGUUGUUGGGAGUAAGGUUUAUCUUUUUUGGUUCCUACAUGUUUUUGAUGCUUCUGGCAGCCUGAUGUUGCACCCUGUAACAUGCUUUUGAUUGCCACUGCAUGGUAACUUAAUUGCCUCCUUCUGAUAAGUGAUGAGAAGGACCAUGCAGCGGAUCAAACCAUUUUCUGUAUAAGCCUAUUUCCAAAAUGUGCUCCGUGCUCCUCAGUGCUUCCGUUCUCUUCCCCUUAUUAUAAUAAGUGAGCUUGGACAAUAACCACGAAGGAUUUGCCAUACAGACAUUGCAAAUUAAGGCACUAUUAAUCAAUUAAUGAAUUGUUUACAUGAUUAAGGUUGUA